AUUUCACAGACGAGGAGUGGGCUCUGCUGGGUCCUGGCCAAAGAGCUCUUUACAGGGAAGUCAUGCUGGAGACCUAUGGCAACGUGGCCUUUCUGGAAUCUUGGAUCUACAAACCUGACCUCAUUUCCAGGUUGGAGGAAAUGGAUGAGAUGGAUGUCCAAGACUCAGAGGACACGAGGAGCUUAACAGAAGAUUCAGCCAUGGCAGUGAUGCCGGAGAGAUUUUCAGAGGAAGACCUUGCUUCCGAAGACACACUGGACUAUUCCCUAGAACAAUCUCCAGAGAUCCUGACAGAGCUGAUGGAGGGACUGGCCAGUGAAGACAUGGCGAAGCUGGAGCAGUUGCAGAAGGCUCUACUGCAGUUUAUUGUUCUGUGCCAGAGCAGGUUCCUCGCUCUCUGUUCCGUUUACACGCAUUGGAUGCGCGUGAAGCGGAGGACGUUCCUAGCAGCCGGGAGGAGGUCAAGCAUGAGGCGGAGACGGCUGCUCGGCAACAUCGAUCGGUACUCGCGUCGGGCGCGGAUGCAUUGGUUUGCCCUCGCUGGCGUGCCUGUGCCCCAUCGUUACUGGGUACGCCCGAGGAACACGGGCUGGUGGGAGAAUGUCAUGCUCGGACUCCAGGCUAACCAACAGUGGCUGCAAAAUUUCCGGAUGACCCACGAAACGUUUUCCGAGAUUGUGUCGGUGAUGAAAGGACGGCUGCUGCGGCGCAAGACCAGCAUGCGCGAGCCCAUUCCUGUGGAGAAGCGCAUAGCGAUCGCCAUCUGGUACCUGGCCAGUGCAAAUACCUACAGGGAGGUCGGGGAGAAGUUUGGUGUUGGAGUGUCUACGGUCGGGGAGGUGGUCCUCGAGGUCUGUUUCGCGAUGGAGGUAGAGCUGUAUCACAAGACUGUCUGCCUAGGUCCCGACGUUGCUAAGAUAAUGGAUGGAUUUGAUCGCCUGGGGUUCCCUCACUGUAUUGGAGCCAUAGACCGAAUGCCCCUCCUGACUCGCGCCCCGGGCAGGGGGCUCGACGAGCAUGGGAACGUCAAGAAAUACUCCUCCGUUCUGCUGCAGGGAACUGUGGACCAUACUGGACGGUUUACCAAUGCGGAGAUGGAGUGGAGUGGGAGCAACCAGGAUGCUUUUGUCUUCAGCAACUCCACACUCUGCACUGCCAUGGACGCCGGAGGGUAUGUUCCAGGGAACCCUAUCCUCCAUCUUGAAGGGCUGUCUGUUCCAGCCCUCAUAGUGGCGGAUGGAGACUACCCCAUGAGGCGGUGGCUGAUGAAGCCGUUUGACCAAUGCAGGGGCAGGCGUGAGAGGAACUUUAACUCCGCCUUGCAUCGGGCACGAAACGUGGCCGAGUGUGCCUUUGAACGGCUCAAGGCUCGUUGGCGGUGCCUCUCCGCACGCCUCAAUGUGUUUCAGGAGAACGUGACCUCUCUAGUCAGAGCCUGUGUCAUCCUGCACAAUAUUUGUGAGGAAAAGGGACAUGAAAUAUUGGCAGAACACUCUGAGCAGGGGCACACCCUGGCGGACCACUGUGAUCCUAAACCAGCCAGAGUGCACACGGAGGAGACGGUGGACUUUGACCCGAAUGACGCGCAGUGUUUAGCCGAAGGAGAAGCUGUAAGAGAAGUCGUAGCCAACUACAUGAUUGCAAACCUGCAGUGCUGAAAGCAGGGGUGUGUGCAUGAU